AACUAAAAAGUUAAGAGAAUACAGCAAUAAGCAAAAAAUACUUCUGGUCGGAGAAGGAGACUUCUCCUUUUCUCUAUCUUUAGCUAGAGCCUUUGGUUCCGCAACAAACCUCACUGCAACCUCUCUCGACACUUUAGAGGAGCUACAGCUUAAGUAUAAGAAUGGGAAAGCUAACGUAGAAGAGUUGAAGACACGAGGUUGCACCGUGGUCCAUGGGGUUAAUGUGCACUCAAUGGCUAAAGAUCGUAAGCUUGGUCAACGACGAUCAGAACUUUACGAUAGAAUCAUCUUUAAUUUUCCUCAUUCAGGGUUUGGUUUUGGCUGUGAGAACCAAAGCUACUACAUCAUGUUACACCAAGCAGUGGUGAGAGGUUUUAUGAAGAACGCGAAAAAGAUGGUUAAAGAAGUUGGUGGAGAGAUUCAUGUUACUCAUAAGACGGCUCAUCCAUUUAAUGAGUGGAAGAUCGAGACUCUCGCUGAAGAAAAGGGUUUGUGUUUGAUCCGGGAGAUGGAAUUUAACAAAUUUUGUUUUCCUGGUUACUCAAAUAAGAGAGGAAGUGGAUGUCGCUGUGACUCUAGCUUCCCUGUCGGAAAGUCUUCUACUUUCAUGUUUCAAAAACGGAUUCUCUGAAAAAUGAACUCUUCUGCUUAACAUAUUUUGAGUGUGGGUUAACGUUUUGGAUUUUGAACAACUUUGUUGUGACGAAGAUAUGAAGCUCACUAGUAAAUAAAUAAAACUCAACGUAGAGUUUGAAAUUGAUACCCUAAA